GGAAAAGGAUGGAAGAGGGCAACCUUAAGAAUAUUCGUCAGCUGUUUAUCCGUUGUGUGGUUCUUUGGGGUAUAAAUGAGGACUCUUGGACACAGGAGAAUGAGAAAGCAGUCGAUGAAUUUAUUCUGGACACCUCCAUGAGAACAAUGAUGGUGUACUUGGAUCCCUGCAAUGGACUACGGGUUGAAUAUUCAAUGCCUGCACAGGUUGUUGAACAUGUUCUGACUUUUACCCGUGAGCCAGAAGCCAUGAUCACGAUAGAGACGUUUGAUGAGGUUGUGGAGUUUGACACAUUGCGUUGCAGCAGCCUCUUGCAAAACAUGAUUCUUCAGAUGACGUGUCUGCAUGUUCCUGUGGUUGCCCUCAGUAGAGGCAUGGAGCCAAACACCCGGCACAGCUACCUCAGUGAUAUGCACUGCUAUCUGGCAAGCCUCACAGAGCAUGCAUAUCAGGAGGUGCACAAAACUGUGCUGUACAUCCCACUGGAAGGUCUCGAGUGCAGCCCCGAUGAAGCCUGCAAAGACAAAAUGCUCGUGCAAAGACUGGAGACUGUGGUGAUCCAAUGGUCCGAUCAGAUCAAGGUGUUCCUGAAUGUCCAGGAAAGGGUGAGCAUCACUGGAAAUCCCCUGGAAGAGAUAGAAUUUUGGAUGAAACGCUCUGCCAGGCUGUUGGACAUGAGCAAGCAGGUUCAAAGCCCACAUGUCCAGCACGUCAAGAGCAUCCUGCAGCUCUCCAAGUCUUUCUAUUUAGAGCUCUUCUGCAAGCUGGCGGAGGAAAUACAGGAUUGCUCUGAGGUAGCCCGAUCCAAUGCAUCUUUCCUGUCCAUACUGAAGGAGCCCUGUGAGGAGCUCGCUCAGCUCAGUCCAAGCCAAGCGGCUCCCAAGCUCAAACACAUUGUCAGCCUCAUCCGCAUCAUCUGGAACAAAUCCCCCCACUACAACACCACUGAGAGGAUCACUGCUCUGUUCUGCAAGAUGACAAAUGUUGUCAUCCACUUGUGCUUACGAAGCAUUUCUCUGGACAGAAUCUUUGAGGGCUACGUGAUCUCCAGCAAGAAAACCCUGUAUGAUUGUAUUCACUGCUGCAACACCUGGAAAGAGAUUUAUGUACAUGCUGUUCAUGCUCACAAAUCUUCUACAAAAGAUUGGGUGCUGGAUGAAGCUAUGAUUUUUUCUGUGGUUGACAUCUUUGUUUUGAGGUUGGAGGAGCUGAUUGAGGUGUGUGACUGCCAGCAGCAGUUUGCUCGCUGGGAGGACGGGCAGCAGAAACCUCUGCUGAACUGGGGCGGCCGGUGGUCCCUGGAGCUCACACAUGGCCUCCAGGAUGUAGAAAAGAAAUUCCAUCGUCGCUUACAGACACUGCGCUCUGCUGGAAAGGACAUCCUGGAUGUUGAGAGCAAGAUCUGGACUAAAGAAUUCAAAAGGUUUCGUUGUUUGGUGAACCAGCUGGAGAUGAUGAUGCAGAACCUAAUCCAUUCAGCAUUUAGGACAGUGAACACAGACGAUGGAAUUUACCUGCUGGACAUUUUUGAGCCAAUGUUACGAAGAGAGGUUAUGAAGCAUACUACAGAAGAAAAGGUGAACGAAAUAUAUGCCAUGUUCAACAGGGAGCUCAAAAUGGUCAAUAAUGCAUUGAGCCAGAGGCCACCAUGCUCUUACCAUGUGACCCAGCUGUUGGAUCAGGUCCCAUGGGUGAUUGCCCUCAGAAAUCGCUUACAGGCAUCCAUGGAGGUGGCUCACUUUAUGCCCCAGACGACCAUUCACCAACAGCUAGUGUUUGAUUAUGGCCAGACGCUCCAGGUAAUGGAAACAGUCAUACACCAACUCUACAAUGAGUGGCUAGACAAUGUAAAGGAACAGAGCCUCAAGAUCCUGGAACAGCCACUCAUGGUGUGGCUCAAAGACAAGUCUGGAAUGUUGGACGUCAACUUUGACAACAAUCUGUUGACCCUGUUCUCUAAGAUCCAGCACUGGGAUCAACUGAAGUUUGAGAUCCCCCAGAAUGUGUCCGAAAUUUACCAACACAGUGAAGACCUCAGACUCAUCAAGUUGAAAACAGUACAGCUGGUCCAGGACUAUAACAGGAUCAUUGAGGCGUUGUCUCCUGAUGAGUUGGGUCUCUUCCGGGAGCGGAUUCGUUUCUUGGAUAAAAAGAUUAAACCAGGCCUGACCACGGUCCUGUGGUUGUCUAAAGGACCUUCUGACCACUUCCUUCGUGAUUGCCUCCUCCAUGUCAAAAAGGUCCAGUCUAUAAUUGAUGGAUAUAAAGUGUCCAAUGUUUCUAUCUCCAGCCUCUGUCGCAAGAUCAGUGAAACUUUACUGAUUCAACUGGAUGGCAAGACUGUGUACAGUGACACUGAGUUUGAGAAUGAACAGAAUUCUCAUCAGCACAGGCAGCUCCAGACGCUACGUUCAAAGCACCAGGAUAUUGUAGAUAUUAUGAGCCGUACCUACAACAUUUUCUCCAGUGAUGGACCUGAGGUCCAGCUGCACUGGGAGACCUACACAGAAAAGCUUGACGGCCUUGUGCAAAAGGCUCUAAAGGUCAAUGUCAAACACUCCAUGCAGGAGCUGUCCAAAGCCGUAAACGGAAAUAAGAAUAUGGCGCCCAAUCCCUUGUUCAAUGUCCUUGUCGUACUCAACAUGAGCAAAGUAAAGGUUGAAUUUUCCCCAAAUGUGGAAAAACUGAGUGAGACUGUGAACAAUGUUCUGCCUCAAAUCAUCAACGUGAUCUCAGAAUUUAAACGAUUGCCUGAACUUCUCACCGGCAAACUCUCUCAGAUGAAAGAUAUACACAUCAUCAUUGACCAAGAUGAAGAGAUCUUGAAGCUUAAAGCUGCAGUCGCCACAGGGGUGACAGCCAAUGCUAGCCACCUGCAGACCUAUCUGAAGACAUGGGAUAAAUACAGGGAUCUCUGGGAAGGCGACAAGGAUGCUUCUAUGCAGGAUUACCAGAGGCGUAACCCACCAGUCACAUCUUUUGAAGCUGAUAUAUAUCGGUACACAGAAAAGGCCAGCAGUGUUCAGCAAGAAAAGAUGGUGAGCAACAUUGGAUUUGUCAAGGUGAACUGUUCGCCGCUCAAAUCCUCCCUGAUGCAGCACUGCAGCAUUUGGCAGAACAAGUACACUGAGCUGCUCAACCGCAUGGCCAGCACCCGCCUCAAAGAGCUUCAUGGCUACAUGCACGACAACAGCAACAGGCUAAGAAGUUCUCCCCAGACACUGGUGGAGCUUGAUGAGAUGCUGAAGCUCUUUGAGACUCUGCAGGGCAGUCUCAAGACGGAGGUUCAGAUUCCAGUUGUCAUGAACAGUUUGCACUUCUGGAAAAAAUAUGAGGUCAUCGUGGAUCAGAAGGUGCAGGACACUCUGGAGCUGCUCAAUGAUGAGUGGUUGUGGUUUCAGCAGGUGCUGAUUGACAGCAACAUCAUGCUGCAAAAGCACAAGGAGAAGUUCAAGAGUGGCCUCAUCCUCUCUGCUGAGGAGCUCAAGGAAAAGAUCCAUACUGCUUUGCAGGAGUUCAACAGAAGUGGUCCAUUUAACAGUGCACUGAGCACUGAGGCAGCCUUUCAGCAGGUAGCAGUGCUCCGCAGCCAACUGGAGGCUCUGAAGGAAGAGGAGAACAUGAUUCUUCAUGGCCUGGAUUUCUUUGAGAUAAAACAUCCCCCAUCCAAAGGCAUCCAGAGGCUGGAGAAGAAUGUGGACCACCUGCUGGAGGCUUGGGAACUUGCACAGGAAUGGAAUACCAACUGGGACAUAUGGAAAGUUGGUCAUUUUACAACUCUGCAGACAGAGAGCAUGGAGAGUACAGCUCAAGUCAUGUUCAAGAAACUCCACAAACUCCAGAGAGAACUCAAGGACAAGUGCUGGGACGUAGUAGACUUCUCCAAGAACAAGAUUGACCAGUUCAAGAAGGUCAUCCCUCUCAUUACCGACCUUAAAAACCCUGCAAUGAGAGACAGGCACUGGAACCAGAUUUGCCAACACCUGCAGUGCUUCAUUGACCCAAACAGUGCUGAAUUCACCCUAGAGAGGAUCAUAUCUCUGGAUCUGGACAGACAUGUUGAAAUGAUUUGUGAGAUCUCCGGUGCAGCCAGCAAGGAGCUUUCCAUCGAACAGGUCCUGGAAAACAUUGACAAGACAUGGCAAAAAAUUGUGCUGGAUGUCACACCUUACAAAGACAAACGACAUCACCUACUGAAGUGCACAGAAGAGUUUUUUCAAACCCUGGAUGACAACCAACUUAUUUUGUCCACAAUGAAGGCAUCCCGGUUUUCCAAAGCCUUUGAGAAGGAGGUGGACUACUGGGAACGCUCUUUGUCCCGGGUCCUGGAAGUCAUUGAGAAGAUCCUCACUGUGCAGCGUCAGUGGAUUUACCUGGAGAAUAUUUUCCAGGGAAAGGAUAUCAGGGAGCAGCUGCCUCAUGAAUGCAAAGAGUUUGGAGAUGUUAGCUCACAUUGGAAAACCAUCAUGGACCGACUUCAGGAGAAUAACAAUGCCCUGAAGGGAACACACCACCCUGGUUUGCUGCUCACACUGUCAGGGAUGAGUGCCAAAAUGGAGGAGAUCCAGAAGGCACUGGACAUGUACCUGGAGACCAAGAGGCAGCUCUUCCCACGGUUCUACUUCCUGUCCAAUGAUGACGUGCUGGAGAUCCUGGGACAGUCACAAAACCCACACGCCAUGCAGCCACACAUGAAGAAAUGUUUCGACAACAUCAAGAGCUUGCAUAUUGAAAAGGUGGAGAACAGUUUAGUGGCCAAAGGGAUGUUCUCAGCUGAUGGAGAAUUUAUUCAAUUCAUCCAAUCAGUGACACUGGAAAGAGCCGUGGAGAGCUGGCUGUGUGAUGUAGAGAAAACCAUGCGUGCCACAUUAAAGGAUUGUCUGAACAGCUGUCAUUCAGCUCUGAAGAAGAUGACACGACAACGAGACAAAUGGGUUAAAGAAUGGCCAGGACAGAUGGUGAUCACAGCCAGUCAGAUUAAAUGGACUGCUAAUGUUACAAAAAGUCUCCUUGUCAACAAGGAGAUAGGAGACAGAUCUGCUCUCCAGUCCAUGAAGAAAAAACAGAUUUCCAUACUUAAGUGCUAUUCAGACCUCAUCCGUGGCAACCUUUCCAAAGUUCUCCGUCUGAAGAUUGUAGCCUUGGUCACAGUGGAGGUUCAUGCCAGAGAUGUCAUCGAUAAGUUGGUCAAAGCAGGCUGCAGUGACAUCAAUGCCUUUGAAUGGCUCUGCCAGCUGCGACUAUACUGGGAGAAGGAUGUAAAUGACUGCGUAAUCCGACAGACCAACACACACUUCAAGUAUGGCUACGAGUACCUGGGCAACUCUGGACGACUCGUCAUCACUCCUCUUACUGACAGAUGUUACAUGACCCUGACCACAGCACUCCAUCUCCACCGGGGGGGCUCCCCUAAAGGCCCAGCUGGUACUGGGAAAACAGAGACAGUGAAGGACUUGGGCAAAGCUCUGGGAAUGUAUGUCAUAGUUGUCAACUGCUCUGAGGGUCUGGACUACAAAUCCAUGGGGCGCAUGUACUCUGGUCUUGCACAGACGGGAGCUUGGGGCUGCUUCGACGAAUUCAACCGUAUCAACAUUGAAGUGUUGUCGGUUGUUGCCCAGCAGAUCCUCUCCAUUCUCUCUGCUCUCUCUGCUGGAUUGACCAAAUUCCAUUUUGAUGGACAGGAGAUACCCCUGGUUUGGUCAUGUGGCAUUUUUAUCACCAUGAACCCUGGCUACGCGGGUCGUACUGAACUUCCAGACAACCUCAAGUCCAUGUUCAGACCGAUCUCUAUGGUGGUGCCGGACUCCACUCUAAUCGCUGAGAUCACACUGUUUGGAGAGGGCUUCAGCAACUGCAAGAUGUUUGCUAAGAAGGUCUUCACGCUGUACUCCCUGGCAGUGCAGCAGCUCUCAAAACAGGACCAUUAUGAUUUUGGCCUGCGUGCCCUUACCUCCUUAUUGCGAUAUGCUGGAAAAAAGCGCCGUUCUUGCCCCAAUGUUCCUGACGAAGAGAUUCUGCUGAUGUCUAUGAAGGAGAUGAACAUUGCCAAGCUCACCUCCAGUGACCUGCCACUCUUCAAUGGGAUCAUCCAGGACUUGUUCCCUGCAGUUGAAACUCCCACCAUAGACUACGGCACAUUAAGGGAGGCAAUAGAGGCGGAGCUUCAUCAAAGUGGUCUCCAAGCCACUCCCUUUACCAUGAAGAAGGUCAUCCAGCUGUAUGAGACCAAAACCUCCAGACACUCCACCAUGCUUGUUGGGAAGACAGGCAGCGGUAAGACAGUCACCUGGAGGACCCUGCAGGGGGCGCUCACUGCUUUGCAUCAUAAGGGAGUGCCGGGCUUCCAGCUGGUGCAGGUUUAUCCUCUGAACCCCAAAGCUAUAAGUCUGGGAGAGCUGUACGGUGAAAACAACCUCGCCACCAACGAUUGGACCGAUGGAGUGCUCUCCUCCCUGAUGAGGAAAGCUUGUGCAGAUGAGAAACCAGAUGAGAAGUGGAUUGUUUUUGAUGGGCCUGUCGACACUCUGUGGAUCGAGAGUAUGAACUCGGUCAUGGAUGACAACAAAGUGCUAACACUCAUUAAUGGAGAGAGGAUUGCCAUGCCAGAACAGGUGUCGCUGCUGUUUGAGCUGGAGAAUCUGGCAGCGGCCUCUCCAGCUACAGUGUCUCGCUGCGGGAUGGUUUACAAUGAUUACUCUGACCUCGGAUGGAAGCCUUUCGUUCACUCCUGGCUGGACAAACGACACAAGGCUGAGGUUGAGCAUCUGAAGAGUUUGUUUGAUAAGUACACAGAGAGCACUUUAAAGUUUAAGAGGAACAACUGUAAGGAGCUGGUCCACACAACUGAGCUCAAUGGAGUCAUUUCUCUGUGCCGCCUCUAUGACUCACUGGCCACAUCCAGUAACGGGGUGAACGUGUCAGACACAAACAGUUUGAGUAAAAUGGUGGAGCUCUGGUUCAUCUUCAGUCUUAUCUGGUCCAUCUGUGCUUCUGUUGAUGAGGUUGGACGCCAAAGAAUGGACAACUUCCUACGGGAGCUGGAAGGCACCUUCCCUAUCAAGGACACUAUUUACGAGUACUACGUGGACAUCAAGAACAAAGCCUGGGCUCCUUUUGAAAAUAAACUGACAAAGGAUUGGAAAUUUGAUGACAACGCUCCUUUUUACAAGAUUAUAGUUCCAACAGUGGACACCGUUCGCUAUAAUUUCCUUGUUACUGCUUUGGUGUCGGCUCAGUACCCAGUGCUGCUCACUGGGCCAGUCGGCACUGGUAAGACCUCAGUGGCCCAGAGUGUCCUGCAGGGCUUAGAUAAGUCCCGGUGGACUGUCCUCACGGUCAGCAUGUCCUCUCAGACGUCCUCUAACAACAUGCAGGCCAUGGUGGAGAGCCGUGUGGAGAAAAGGACCAAAGGCGUUUUUGUGCCAUCAGGUGGCAAACGCAUGCUGUGCUUCCUGGAUGACCUCAAUAUGCCGGCUCAUGAUCUCUUUGGAUCCCAACCGCCGCUGGAGCUGCUGCGCCUCUGGAUGGACUACGGCUUCUGGUACGACCGCCAGAAACAGAACCUUAAAUAUGUCAAGGACAUGUUCUUACUGGCAUCUAUGGGGCCCCCCGGUGGUGGGAGGACUCACAUUUGUGGUCGCUUACAGAGUCGAUUCAACCUCAUUAACAUGACAUUUCCUAAUGAGUCUCAAAUCAUGCGAAUCUACAACACCAUGAUCAGGCAGAAACUGCAUGGCUUCAAGGAAGUGAAGGACAUUGGAGAGAUUCUGCCUCAGGCCACCUUAGAACUGUAUUCUGCUGUUACAGCUCGUUUUCUACCCACGCCAGCCAAAAUUCACUAUCUGUUCAAUCUCAGGGAUAUCUCAAAGGUGUUCCAGGGUCUACUGAGAGCUCACCCCGACUACCAUGAUACUAAAAACAGUAUCACUCGCUUGUGGAUCCAUGAGUGUUUCAGGGUUUUCUCUGACCGUCUUGUUGAUCGCAGUGACACUGAUGCCUUUAUUGCUGUCCUGUCUGAGAAACUGGGGUCACUCUUUGACACUACAUACCACAACAUCUGCCCCAGCAAACAGCCCCCAGUAUUUGGUGAUUUCCUGAGUGAUUCUCAUGUUUAUGAGGAUGUGCUGGACAUACAGAGUCUGAAGAGGUUUAUGGAGACCCACCUGGAGGACUAUAACCUAACCCCCGGCGUAGUGCCAGUGAACCUGGUGCUGUUCCAAGAUGCCAUCGAACACAUAACACGAGUGGUGCGUGUGAUCAGUCAGCCCUGGGGCAACAUGCUGCUGUUUGGAGUCGGAGGCUCAGGCAGACAGAGCCUGUCCAAAAUGGCCGCCUCCAUCUGUGAGUACCAGGUGUUCCAGGUGGAGGUCACCAAACAGUACCGCAAGCAGGAGUUCAGAGAAGACAUCAAGAAGCUGUACCGUUUGUCUGGUGUGGACAACAAGCCCACAGUGUUCCUGUUUAAUGACACCCAGAUCAUUGAAGAGUCCUUCCUGGAGGACAUCAAUAACAUCCUGAGUUCAGGAGAGGUGCCGAACCUGUACAAACAGGAUGAGUUUGUUGAGGUGUGUAAUGCCUUGACUGAGUCUGCCAGGAAAGACAAUGUGAUCGAGACUCCUGAGUCCCUGUUCAGCUACCUGAUAGAGCGAGUCAGGAGUAACCUGCACAUCGUGCUGUGCAUGAGCCCAGUGGGGGAAACCUUCAGGAAUCGCAUCCUUCAGUACCCAGCGCUAGUCAACUGCACAACCAUCGAUUGGUUCUGUGAGUGGCCCAGAGACGCCCUGUUAGAGAUCGCUGAGCGAUACUUGGAUGGGCUGGACCUCGGCUCUUUGGAAGGGAUCCAGACUAAAGUCGCCAGUGUCUUUGUGACCACACAUCAAACGAUGGGUCAGUUCUCCCAGAGGAUGAAGGUGGAGCUGAAGAGACACAACUAUGUGACUCCGACCAACUACCUGGAGCUGGUGUCCGGAUACAAGAAGCUUCUGCUGGAAAAACGUAGUGAACUCGGGGAGCAGGUGAAUAAGCUGCGUAACGGCCUCUUCAAGAUUAGCGACACGCAGGAGAAAGUCAAGGUCAUGUCUGUGGAUCUGGAAGAGUCCAAGCAGCAGGUGGCAGAGUUCCAGCAGCAGUGUAACAAGUACCUGAACCACAUUUUACAGCAGAAGAACGAGGCUGACAGGCAGCAGAAGGUGGUGACUGCUGACAGUGAAAAAAUUGCAGCAGAGGAGCUGGAAUGUAAAGCCAUGGCAGAGAAUGCACAGAGAGACCUGGAUGCGGCCUUGCCUGCCCUGGAAGAGGCCAUGAAGGCUCUGGAAUCACUAAAUAAGAAGGACAUGACAGAGAUUAAGUCAUAUGGCCGCCCACCAGCACAAGUGGAGAGAGUGAUGCAGGCUGUGAUGAUCCUCCUGGGCAAAGAGCCCACAUGGGCCGAGGCCAAGAGACAGCUGGGUGAAGCAAAUUUCAUCAAAACAUUAGUCAACUUUGACAAGGACAACAUAUCUGACCGCAUGUUGAAGAAGAUUGGGCUGUACUGCAGACAGCCAGAGUUUGAGCCGGACAGUGUCGGGGCUGUGUCGCUUGCUGCCAAGUCCCUCUGUAUGUGGGUCAGAGCUAUGGAGGUUUAUGGGAGACUCUACAGGGUGGUGGAACCUAAGCGGGCCCUGCUGCACGCGGCCAUGACCCAACUGGCAGACAAACAGGCUGCGCUGGUCAACGCCCAGAACAAACUGCGAGAGGUGGCGGAGAAGCUUGAGCAACUGAAACAAGAACACACUGAGAAACUUGCUCAGAAAGAGACUUUACGCAUUAAGGCAGAAGACAUGGAGGUCAAACUUAAACGAGCCGACACGCUGGUCUCUGGACUUGCUGGGGAAAAGACCCGGUGGGAAGAGAGAGUCCCUGGUCUGGAGGAGAGUAUGAGCUACCUGGUAGGAGACUGUCUGCUGGCAGCAGCUUUUCUGUCCUACAUGGGACCUUUUCUGUCCAACUACAGAGACGAGCUGCUCAACAUCUGGAUAACAGAGGUGAGGGAGUUGGAGAUUCCAGUUUCUCCAGAUUUCAGUUUUUCAUCCUUCAUGUCCAAGCCCACAGUCGUGAGGGACUGGAACAUUCAGGGCCUUCCCUCUGAUGUAUUCUCUACUGAAAAUGGAGUUAUGGUCACCCGUGGAAAUAGAUGGCCAUUGAUGGUGGAUCCUCAAGGCCAGGCUUUGAAGUGGAUCAAGAACAUGGAGAUGGAAAAGAGUUUAAAAGUGAUAGACUUUCAAAUGCCAGACUACAUGCGGGUGCUGGAGCACGCUAUCCAGUUUGGGAAUCCUGUUUUGCUGCAAAACAUCCAGGAGGAUUUGGACCCCUCUCUGAACCCGAUCCUCAACAAGUCUCUAACACGGAUGGGUGGCAGGCUGCUGUUGAAGUUAGGUGAUAAAGAAAUAGAGUACAAUCCAGAGUUUCGUUUCUACAUUACCACUAAACUGUCCAACCCACACUACACCCCAGAGAUUUCAACCAAAACUACAAUUGUCAACUUUGCUGUGAAGGAGCAGGGUCUGGAAGCCCAGCUGCUGGGUAUUGUUAUGCGUAAGGAACGGCCUGACCUCGAAGAACAGAAGGACUCGUUGGUGAUCAGCAUUGCUUCCGGAAAGAGAAAACUGCAGGAUCUGGAGGAUCAGAUCCUCAGUUUGCUUAAUGAGGUGACUGGCUCCCUGCUGGAUGACACUCAGCUGGAAAACACCCUGCAGACGUCCAAAAUGACCUCCGCAGAGGUUUCAGAGCAGCUGGAGAGCAGCGAACAGACUGAAAUCAUGAUUGACUCCGCUCGAGAGGCCUACCGUCCAUGUGCUGAGCGAGCCUCCAUUCUCUUCUUCGUUCUGAACGACAUGAGCUGUAUAGAUCCGAUGUAUCAGUUCUCUCUGGAUGCUUACAUCAACCUGUUCAGCCUGAGCAUCAAGAAGAGUAAGCACAGCCAAAAGCUGGAGGAGAGGAUCUUCAACCUCAACAGCUACCACACAUAUGCAGUGUACAGGUACACUUGCCGCGGCCUGUUUGAGGUCCACAAGCUGCUUUUUAGCUUCCAGAUGUGUGUCAAAAUUCUUGAGGCAGCUGGCAAACUGAAUGUUGAGGAGUACAACUUCUUUCUGAGAGGAGGAAUUGUGCUUGACAAGGCAGAGCAGAUGGACAAUCCCUGUCCGAGCUGGCUGGCAGACACCAGCUGGGACAACAUCACAGAGCUGGAGAAACUGCCCGACUUCCAGGACAUCACGACCUCUUUUGAACGGUAUCCACAAGCCUGGCACCAGUGGUAUAUGAGUGCUGAGCCAGAGACUGAAACCCUACCAGCUGACUGGGAGAAUAGCUGUACUGAGCUGCAGAAGAUGCUGAUAGUACGCUCCCUGAGGCAGGACCGCGUCACCUUCUGUGUUACUUCCUUCAUUGUUAAUAACCUGGGAAAUUGCUUUGUGGAGCCUCCCGUUCUCGACAUGAAGACGGUUGUGGAGGAAUCUACCUGCACGACUCCUCUGAUCUUUGUUCUGUCUUCCGGGGUGGACCCCACGGGAGCCCUGGUGCAGCUGGCUGAUGCCUCUGGCAUGAAAGAGCACUUUGUGUCUCUGUCUCUGGGACAGGGACAGGCCCCCAUUGCUAAGAACAUGAUCGAAGAGGGCGCCGAAAGAGGCCACUGGGUGUUCCUCGCCAACUGCCACCUCUCUCUUUCCUGGAUGCCGCAGCUGGACAAGCUGGUGGAGCAGCUCCAAGUGCAGAUGCCUCACUCCAACUUCAGACUGUGGCUCAGCUCCAAGCCCCACCCUGACUUCCCCGUUACCAUCCUGCAAGCUGGUAUCAAGAUGACCACUGAGCCACCAAAGGGGGUCAAAGCCAACAUGAAGCGCUUGUACCAGCUGGUGUCGGAGUCUCAGUUCAGCAGCCGCACAAAGCCCGUUGUCUACAGGAAGCUGCUCUUCUCCCUCUGCUUCUUUCACAGCACGCUGCUAGAAAGGAAGAAGUUUCUACAGCUGGGUUGGAACAUUGUCUACGGCUUCAACGAUUCUGAUUUUGAGGUGAGUGAGAGUCUUCUAAGGCUCUAUUUGGAUGAAUAUGAGGAGAUUCCUUGGGAUGCUCUAAAGUAUCUUAUAGCUGGGGUCAACUAUGGCGGCCAUGUGACUGACGACUGGGACAGACGCCUUCUCACCACGUACAUCAGCAAGUACUUCUGUGAUGCCGCUGUCACCCAAGAUAACUUCAAGUUGUCAUCAUUAUCCACCUAUUACAUCCCUCAAGAUGAUGCGCAGUCCACAUACAGGGAUUAUAUCAGCCAACUGCCGGCCACAGAGCACCCCGAGAUGUUUGGCCAGCACUCUAACGCCGACAUUGCCAGCCAGAUUGCUGAGACGAGGACACUGUUUGACACCCUGCUUUCCCUGCAGCCACAGGUCACCAGCACUGUUGCUACGGGAGCCAGGUCCAGUCGAGAAGACAAGGUGUUGGAGCUGUUGUCAGACAUACGUGGGCAGAUUCCAGCAAUGAUAGACUACAAAGGCACCAGGGCCCAGCUCCAGGAUGACCUUUCCCCUCUGAAUGUGGUGCUUCUCCAAGAGAUCCAGAGAUACAAUGCCCUGCUGCACACUGUCACAUUGUCCUUGACUGAGCUCAAGAAAGCAAUUAAAGGCUUGGUGGUGAUGUCAUCAAGCUUGGAGGAGACCUUUAACUACAUCUACAAUGCCCGUGUGCCACCACUGUGGAGCCAGGCAUACCCCUCCCUCAAGCCCCUGGCAUCGUGGACACGAGACCUGUGCCAGCGCAUCGAUCAAUUAAUGCGGUGGGUGGAGACAGCAGAACCCCCCGUCUUGUUCUGGAUGUCUGGCUUCACCUUCCCCAACAGCUUCCUCACUGCAGUGCUGCAGUCCUCUGCUCGGCAGAAUAAUAUUUCAGUGGACACACUGUCAUGGGAGUUUGCCGUGUCAACUUUAGAUGACAGCAACCUCCUCAAUCCACCCAAGGAUGGAGUGUUUGUUCGAGGUUUGUACCUGGAGGGGGCAGGUUGGGACAAGAAGAACUCCUGUCUGGUGGAGGCUGAACCCAUGCAGAUGGUGUGUCCCAUUCCCACCAUCCACUUCAAGCCUGUGGAAAAACGGAGAAAGAUGGCCGAACCUAUGUACCUGUGUCCCUGUUACUAUUUCCCGGUGCGUUCGGGCGGAGCAGGUCGUCCGUCUUUUGUGGUCGCAGUGGAACUGAAAUCCGGAGCGGUGUCCCCAGACCACUGGAUUCAGAGAGGGACGGCUCUUCUAAUGAGCCUGUCUGACUGACGGACUCCAUUCAUUUCUGCUCAUGUUUUGUUGUACUAAUAAAUCGCCUAUAAAAUGAU